AACCUAUAAUUAUCUGUGUUGUUUAUUACCGUGUGUGCGUACUUGGAAAUGACUGGCACCGUCUCCGAUGUUGGGAAAAACACUAAAUUGGGAGGAGUAAAGGGAGAGACCCAUGGUUGCGUAAUGGCAUGCUUAUUUAGAAAAUACCCAAAAUGAUGGAUUUUGUAAUUAUGUGGUCGGAUAGGCAUCUUUAGUUCACAACAAUUUCAUAUGAAUAUGCUAUUUCCGGGAAAUGUUCCACCAUAGUUUACUAUUAGGGUGAUCUGAGGAAGUAGGUUGGCACUUUUUCACGAAACUUCAGCUGCGUCGGGACAGUCCGUUUUGAUUAAUCCAAUUUAGAAAGAAAGCAGGGGAUGGCUGAGACUUCGACAAACACUUUAAUUUCCCACAUGCCAGCAGGGUCGAAGCGUCGUGCUGCAGGAGACGAAGAUGCUUUUCACAAAGGUUUACCACUGUCCAGAAAGCUGUGCUAUGCUGUGGGAGGUGCACCCUAUCAGAUGACAUCCACUACCAAGGGCUUCUUUUUGCAAAUCUUCCUACUGGACGUUGUACAGAUGGAUGCUUUCUAUGUCUCUCUCAUUCUUUUCAUGGGUCGGGCCUGGGAUGCAAUUACCGACCCCCUAGUAGGGUAUGUUGUUAGCAAAAGUGGCAGGACACGCAUUGGGAAGCUUAUCCCCUGGUUAGUCUUCUCCACACCAUUUGGGGUUCUCUCCUACAUCAUGAUGUGGUUCACACCCAAGGACACAAUGUCCCCAGCCUUCAGCUUCUCAUGGUACUUCAUCAUGUGCUGCCUCUUUGACACCUUCAUGAGUUGCUACCAUGUUCCAUACUCCUCCCUCAACAUGUUCCUGGGGGGAGGCCAGAAGGACAGAGACUCAGCCACAGGCUUCAGAAUGGGUAUGGAGACGUUUGGGACACUGGCUGGGGCAGUGAUUCAGGGUCAGAUCGUUGGGGUUUACCAUGCCAAAAGGGCCGUGGUGUGUAGCGGGCUCAAUCACACAGAGAACAUUCUCCAAAACCAUUCCUCACCCCUACUGGAUACCCUGCACAACACGAGGAGAGCCUAUUUGAUUGCUGCAGUUAUCCUGGGGGUGCUGUACUUCCUGUGUUGCCUUGUGCUGUUCCUGGGGGUGAAGGAGCAGUUGGCACCCCUCAGUAUCCUGGACCGCCUCCGGAUGCCAUAUCUUUCUGGAUUACGGAUGGUGGUGAAACACUCUCCCUAUGUGCGGCUGGUUUUUGGGUUUCUCUUUUGUUCAUUGGCCUUCCAGAUGGCCCAGAGUAACUUUGCAUUGUUCUGUACCCAUGCUGCUGGAUUGGGAGCUUACUUUCAGCACCUUGUACUUAUAAUGCUGACAUCAGCAACACUUUCUGUACCGCUGUGGCAGACACUUCUUGUGAGGCUGGAGAAGAAGACCACACUCUUUAUUGGGAUGUUGAUUUAUGCCCCAGCCCUGGUGAUUAUUGCCUCUGUGCAGGGCAACCUGCCUGUCUUCAUCGUCAUGUCCAUCAUGGCUGGUUUCAGCCUGGCCUCACUGUACCUGCUCCCCUGGUCAAUGCUGCCAGAUGUGAUAGAUGAUUUCAAGGUAAGGAAUCCCACCAGCAAAGGCCUGGAACCCAUAUUUUACUCCUGCUACGUCUUCUUCAACAAAUUUGGAGGGGGAGUAUCCGUCGGAAUUUCCACCAUGGCACUGCACUUUGCUGGUUACAAGUCAGGUGCUUGCAGCCAUAAUGCCACAGUGAUCACUACACUGCGGGUCCUGUUUGCCCCUGUGCCCAUUGCCCUGCUUCUGGUGGGCAUGGUGCUUUUCUGCUUCUACCCCAUCAAUGAGGCGAGGCGCCAGCAGAUCCAGGAGGAACUGAGGAAAGCUGUCACUACAGAAGAUGACUCCGCUGUUAGUGAAGAGAAUUUGUAGAGCUACUCCAGCCUGAACUGUCCUACACAGGCCCCACAGAUUCCGUUUCCAGCCCGUUGCCUCUAUUUCCAACUGUCCAUCUGACUGCCAAAACCCACAGUUGUAAUCUACACGAGCAUUAUGUUUAAAUAAGGUUGAAAAUUCUGCAUAAAAACAAGUGUUACGGAAAACUUGUAACUUUUACUUUAGUGUGUAUGUUUAUUUUAUUUUUAUUUUUUUGGAGCCGGUUGAGUUGCCUUCAGAUUGUCUUUCUAUGUCUAUACAUUUUAGUGAUUUAUAUAGACUUCAGGAAAUGGAAUAUUUACCUGUUGGCACAAUGAUUAUACUCCUUCAAUAUUGUGUUAUAGUUACAGUCACCUGCCUCAAGCACUGCCUACAGUGGCCUGAAAAACGGUUCACAUCUUUGAUAAACCUAGCUGUAUACAAUAAACAAAACAGGUAAUGAAUGAUACUGCAUGCUCAAAAAAUGUUAAAUUACAUUAUUUUGUUAUAAUAAAAUUGCUUAGUGAAAAAUA